UCCAUUAUCAUCCAUUAUAAAAAAAAUAUAUUAUACAUACAAAAGAUUCGUCUUAUAAUUGACUGAACGCAGCGUGUUAGUGUGAGUGACUCAAAAAUUUUUGUCGUUCUUCAACAUAUGAUAGAAAGGAUUUUCAAAUAUAUUAUUUAAGGUUUUAUCAAUAAACUCCGAGUAAGAUUAAACAAAUAGCAUUAAUAUUAAAUAUAGGUUAGAUUUUGAUAAUACGAUGUAGACAGUAAAUACCUACAUAUAAAGUCCAAUUUAGAUAUAAAUUAAGCAUAACGACUCGCCAAUAACGUGACUGUAUACUUUUAUAAUUUAUAUCUAAACAGUGACAUAUAAAUAUCGUAACCUCACAAUCAAAUAACUAGUCGUAAAAGAUAUCUGAAUAAAAUGACAAGAAUUGUGUGUUUAAUUUUUGUGUUACAAGCGCUCGUAAAUUACAAUGAAGUUCACACGUUAAAAAUAUUAGGCCUAUUUCCGCAUCAGGGCAAAAGUCACUUUUUUGUAUUCCAACCUUAUUUGCUUGAGUUAGCGAAACGAGGCCACGACGUGACAGUGGUAUCACAUUUCCCGCAAAAAGUCCCCAUCCAAAAUUACCACGAUAUAAGCUUAACAGAGAAGAAUGAAGAAUUACAAGGUGAUCUCCCGCAUCGUUUAUCAUAUUGGACUUUUAUCCAAAUUAGUUUAUUAUUGGUGAUUUAUGGAACAGCGGACUGUAAGAUGGUACUGGCGAAUGAAAAUGUACAAAAUUUAUGGAAACAACAGAAGAAGUUCGAUCUUGUGGUGACAGAGCAAUUCAAUAGUGAUUGUUCCUUGGGGAUAGCCUACAAAUUAAACGCUCCAGUGGUUGGCAUAUCAUCACACAAAAUAAUGCCUUUUCAUAUGAAUCGAUUCGGUAUUGGGUAUAAUCCAUCGUAUAUGCCGUUCAUUGCUCUAGAAGGCGGUACCAAACCAACGUUAUAUCAAAGAGUUGAAAGAGUAGUUUCGCAUUAUUAUUUUAAUUUUCUUUACAAAUACUUCUGUCAGAGAAUCGAUGAAAAUACAUUAGCACAAUACUUCGACGAUAUACCGCCAUUGGAAGAACUAGGGCGGAAUAUUAAAUUAUUAUUGAUCUAUCAGAAUUUUGCUAUGAUGGGUUCUCACAUAUUUCCCUCCAAUAUUAUAGAAGUCGGUGGAUUUCACGUUGCUAAGCCUAAAACUCUACCUGAAAAUUUGCGUAAGUUUAUAGAAGAAUCUGAACAUGGAGUAAUUUACAUUAGUUUUGGUUCAUUAAUAAGAGGUGCAUCGACACCAAAAGAGAAAAUUCGAGCUAUUAUUGAAGCGAUAUCUCAGUUGCCGCAAAGAGUCAUAUGGAAGUGGGAAGAAAAAACUUUUCCAGAGGGCAAUACAAAGAAUAUUUACUUUUCAAACUGGCUCCCCCAAAAUGAUAUACUAGCUCAUCCGAAAGUGUUAGCGUUCUAUUCCCACUGCGGCUUGCUGGGCACAACUGAGGCCAUACAUCAUGGUGUACCUAUGAUUGGAAUGCCAAUUUUUGGAGACCAACCAGCAAACGCAGCAGCGAUUGAAGAAAGUGGACUUGGAGUACAAGUACGGUUCAAUGAUUUAACCGCAGAAACCCUAUUAGAAAAAUUCAAGACGGUAUUAAAUCCUAAAUUCAGAGAGAACGUAAAACGACUGUCAAAAUUGUGGCACGACCGUCCCAUGUCACCAAUGGAUACAGCUAUUUUCUGGACGGAAUUUGCGGCGCGCAAUGGGAAUUUAACCUUCAGAGCUGCCGCUGCAGAUGUGCCUUCUUAUCAAUACUUCGGUUUGGAUGUAUUAGCCGUAAUCAUUUUGAUUGUGCUAAUAUCAGUUUAUGUUAUCAGAUCAGUCAUAAAUGUGUUUAAAAGAAAUACAAGUAAACUCCAAAAAAGUAAAUCUAAAAAGCAUUCAUUGCCGUGUUCUGUAAGAACGUGGACGGCUCGAUCUCGAGCGGUGUUAACGGCCUCUAAAAUAAUGAAGCUUAAUCUUGUAACCUUCGCGAUCUUUAUACUCGUUCAAACGCUAACAACUAGUGCAUAUAAUAUUUUGGCUAUAUUUCCGUACCAAGGUAAAAGCCACUUUAUUGUUUUUAAAGUAUUUUUGGAAGAAUUGGCGAAUAGAGGUCACAAUGUUACCGUUAUAUCGUACUUCCCGGAGAAACAGCCCCGCAGUAAUUACCAUGAUAUAAGUCUGGAUCAGAAUGUGAAACCGAUUGAAGACAGUACCCCAGUGGUGGACAGAUCAUAUUUGUAUCUAUUCGGCAUUAGUUACUAUCUAACGAGCAGGGGUGUAGAAAAUUGUGAAACGUUGUUAGCAAAUGAACAAGUACAGAGAUUGAUCAAAGACAAGCCCAAAUUCGAUGUGGUUGUGAUGGAACAAUUUGUCAGUGAUUGCGGUCUCGGAAUAGCAUAUAAAUUAAAAGCUUCUGUUGUCGGUACAACCAGUCACGUGCUUAUGCCUUGGCACUACCAAAGAUUCGGGAUUCCAUUCAAUCCCUCUUAUGUGCCUUUUCAUUUCACGGAAGGAGGUUCGAGGCCUUCGUUAUUGCAGAGAGUAGAAGUUGCUGUCUUCGACCUUUGGUUUAAGUUACUCUACAAAUUUUAUACACAAAGAAGUAAUCAAAAUACGCUUGCUAAGUAUUUUGAUGACAUUCCACCACUAGAAGAUUUGGCACGUGAGAUUAAGUAUCUACUCUUAGGUCAUUAUCAAAUCCUGACGGGCUCAAGAUUAUAUCCAUCGAAUGUAAUUGAAGUAGGUGGAUAUCAUGUCCCCAAAGCGAAACCACUACCACAGGAUUUAAAAAAAUUCAUAGAAGAAGCUAAACAUGGCGUCAUAUAUAUUAAUUUUGGUUCCGUUGUAAAAAGCUCAUCAAUGACUGAAGAACAAAUCAAAGCUGUAAUCGGGGCUGUUAAUGAACUACCCCAAAGAUUUAUUUGGAAAUGGGAAAGUAAAACAGUAUUAGCCGAUAAAGACAAACUAUACGUAGCAAAAUGGUUGCCUCAAGUUGAUAUUUUAGCACAUCCAAAAACCGUUGCAUUUUUCUCUCACGCUGGUAUGGGAGGAACCACUGAGGCUCUCCAUUAUGGCGUACCGAUAGUCGCAAUGCCAAUACUUGGUGACCAACCAGCCAAUGCGGCCUCAAUAGAAGAAAGUGGCUUUGGAGUACAACUACAUGUUAGAGAUCUUACUAAGGAUAAUUUACUGGCUGCCUUCAAAAAAGUAUUAGAUCCUGCAUUUUACAAAAAAGUUAAAGAACUUUCAAGAGCCUGGCACGACCGUCCUAUGUCGGCAUUAGACACAGCUGUGUUUUGGACAGAAUACGUUGCUCGUAAUGCAAACUUCACCUUCAGGACAGCAGCUGCCGAUGUUCCUCUAUAUCAAUACCUUAAUUUAGACAUCUUAUUUGUAAUAUUAUCAAUUUUCGUAUUAAUAGUCGGUUCAUUCAGAUUUAUAGGAUCAAUUUGCUGUAGAAGGAAGACAGCUGUUGCUGGAAAGAAAAAAACUAAGAAAAAUUAAAUAGUAUUCUUAUUUUGGUA